UACAAUCAAGACACCGCAGAAAUUCAGGAGAAUGGGGUCUCAUGGCCGAAGCAGUAAGAGUAGGAAGGAAGGUUCAUCCAAGUCUCGAAGACGGAGCAGAAGAUCUGACGACUCAGAUUCCGAAGUCUACUCUCUCUCCGACGAUUCUGACACCCGCGAAUCGUCUCCGGUGAGAACUCAGCGCCGGGAGAGUGAUAGUCGCGGUAAAAGCAGCCGUCGGAGCCGCAACAGGAGCUUGUCGCGCGGGAAGGAUUCCGACGACUCUUCCGAUAGCGAGGAGAGCGAUGGCCGUGGCCGCAAGAGGAAGAAGAAGUCUUCGAGGGCAAUUACGGACGAAGAAAUUGCCGAGUAUUUGGCUAAGAAGGCGCAGAGAAAGGCAAUGAAAGUGGCGAAGCAGUUGAAAUCACAUACGGUUUCUGUUUAUUCGAAUGAUUCGAACCCUUUCGGUGAUUCCAACCUUAAUGAACAAUUCGUUUGGCGAAAGAAGAUUGAGAAGGACGUUCAUCAAGGAGUGCCCCUUGAUGAAUUUUCGCUCAAAGCCGCAAAAAAGAAACAGAGAGAAAGGAUGGCGGAUGUAGAGAAGGUGAAAAAGAGAAGAGAAGAAAGGGCACUUGAAAAAGCACAACACGAGGAAGAAAUGGCAUUGUUGGCCAGAGAACGUGCUCGGGCUGAAUUCCAGGAUUGGGAAAAGAAAGAAGAAGAGUUCCAUUUUGAUCAAAGCAAAAUCAGGUCUCAGAUUAGAUUGCGUGAAGGUCGUAUAAAGCCUAUUGAUAUUUUGUCCAAGCAUCUCAAUGGCUCAGAUGAUACUGAUAUAGAUUUACGCGAGCCAUAUUUGGUUUUCAAGGGCUUGACAGUAAAAGACAUGGAAGAGCUUCGUGAUGACAUCAAAAUGCAUCUGGAUUUGGACAGGACGACACCAACACAUAUAGAGUAUUGGGAGGCACUUCUUGUCGUUUGUGAUUGGGAGCUAACAGAAGCUAGGAAGAGAGAUGCACUCGAUCGAGCUAGAGUGCGUGGGGAGGAGCCUCCUCCUGAGCUGCUUGCAGAAGACAGGGGUCUGCAUUCUAGCAUUGAGUUAGAUGUGAGAAACCAAUUGGAAAAAAAGAGUUAUGGUGAACUGGAGGCGUUACAGUCUCAUAUCGAGUCAGAGAUGCGUUCUGGCACUGCUAAAGUGGUUGAGUAUUGGGAGGCUGUUCUAAAAAGGCUUCACGUAUACAAGGCCAAGGCUUGUUUGAAGGAAAUUCAUGCUAAAAUGUUGCGCCAACAUUUGCUACGCCUUGAGCACCCAGCAGAUGACGAAGAAAAGUUGGAGGCUGCUGAGAGUUUGAAUUCUGAAGAGGAGAAAGAAAGUGACGAUGAUAUUCAUGUGAAUUUGGAUGGUUAUCAAGCAUAUUCUCCAGAGCCCAUACCAGAAGAAACCCAUGAGACUGAAGAUGAUGCUGGAUCAUUUUCUCCAGAGUUAUUUCACGGUGAUGAAACUGAGGAAGUGAUUGAUCCUGAAGUGGACAGGGCUAUACUGGAACGGAAGCGUAUUGCUGUGAGAGAAGAUCAGCAAAGGAGGAUUCAAGAGGCCAUUGCUUCAAAACCAGCUCCACCAGAAGAGAAUUUUGAGAUGAAGGCCAUGAAAGCCAUGGGAAGUAUGGAGGAAGGUGAUGCUGUCUUCGGCACUGGUGCAGAGGUGAACCUUGAUUCACAGGUGUACUGGUGGCAUGAUAAGUACCGACCAAGAAAGCCGAAAUACUUCAACAGAGUUCAUACUGGAUAUGAAUGGAACAAAUAUAAUCAAACUCACUACGAUCAUGAUAACCCUCCUCCAAAGAUUGUACAAGGAUACAAAUUCAACAUAUUCUACCCAGACCUUGUUGACAAGACAAAGGCUCCUAACUACACUAUCGAGAAGGAUGGGAACAACAGUGAGACUUGCAUUAUUCGCUUCCAUGCUGGACCACCUUAUGAAGAUAUUGCUUUCCGGAUUGUUAACAAGGAAUGGGAAUAUUCUCACAAGAAAGGAUUUAAGUGCACAUUUGAACGUGGAAUUCUGCACGUCUACUUCAACUUCAAACGAUACCGAUACAGAAGGUGAAAGGUGGCUUUGUUAUGUCACAAUGGUGACGACUUUGAAGCCAUCCUCGGCGAAUUUUGUAGACAGGUUCUCUUUUAUGUGAUCCAAUUUUGUGAAUAAUAAUACUCUUACCUGUUAAAUUAUCUGACCAAAAUUAUUCUUUAGUUAUUUUAGUGAAGAAUACUUUCUGUUGUUGUAUACUAACAAACGGUAGCUGUUUAUUCUCAAACUUAUUCGUACCUUGUCUAUUUUUUUGUACAACAAAUGGAACCAUAUAUAGAAGACAUCUUUUAAAAUUAUGAUUAA